AUCCUCACCUCUCACAGAUCCAACUACCGGCUUCAUGCUUAGCCGACCCACAGGAGCCCAGCAGAUUCAGGCGGGCCGAACUCGGUGACAACAGUGCAUGACGAAUGCUUGGUUCCUCUCACGCAUCGCAGCAGAUGGAUGUAAGUGAUCAUCGCUGGGUCUUGGCCGACUCAGCGCUUCGAGAGUGCCGUAUAAAAGCGUCCCUUUUCCCAGCCAGAAUCAUCCUUCAUUCAGCUCAAAUUCUCUUUCCUUUGAUCUCAACUACCAUUCCUUAAGAAGCUGUGCUUCGUACUUUCAUUUCGCCUUCUUUUUUUCUCACUUACUACUACAAGUCCAUCACUCUCUAUUCUUUCAAGAUGAAGUUCACCGGAAUCGCUUUCGCUGGUCUUAUCGGUUACGCUGCCGCCCUGCCGGCCAUGGGCGCCCAGCAAGACUCUGCUCCCAAUGGUGUUCAGGCCAGCGGAGCUCCCUCCUUCCAGGGUGCCGCUCCCUCCGGUUCUCCCCUUCCCCUUCCCUCGGGUGCUCCUCAGGGCCAGGGCCAGGACCAGGGCUUCGGAGGACAGGGCCAGGCUCCCACCGUGAGCUUGGGCGAUGCUCCUCAGCCUCCUCCCACUGGCUCCGCCGCCCCCGCUCCUUCCGGAGCUCCUCGCGGCCACAAGAGACGCCAGCUCGAGAUCCCCGCUUCCGCCUCUAACGUCCCUGCCCCGACCGGCUCCGCUGCUGCUGGAGGUGACUUCGGUGGUGUCGCUCCCUCCGGUGUUGCUGGCGGCAAUGGCGCUGCUCCUUCCGGUUCUUUCGGUGGUGCUGCUCCCUCUGGCGUCGCUGGUGGCAACGGCCCCUCUCCCUCUGGUUCCUUCGGUGGUGCCGCUCCCUCCGGUGUUGCUGGAGGCAACGGUCCUUCUCCUUCUGGCUCCUUCGGUGGCCAGCAGGGUCAGCAGGGCCAGAGCGGCUUCGGCGGCCAGGACUCCCAGUCCCAGGGCGAGUCCCAGGACUCUCAGUCUCAGGACUCUCAGUCUGAGCGCUCCCAGUCUCAGGGAUCCGACUCCCAGGGGUUCGACUCCGAGGGAUCUCAGGGCUCUUCCGAGCAGGGCUCCCCCUCUGAGCAGGGCUCCAGCUCCAGCUCUUUCGGUGGCAACGGCGGCGCUGCUCCCUCCGGUGUUGCUGGCGGUAACGGCCCCUCUCCUUCCGGCUCUUUCGGCGGUGCUGCUCCCUCUGGCGUCGCUGGUGGCAACGGUCCCUCCCCUUCCGGUGCUGCUCCUUCCGGCGUCGCUGGUGGCAACGGUCCCUCCCCUUCCGGUGCUGCUCCUUCCGGCGUCGCUGGUGGUAACGGCCCCUCUCCUUCUGGCGCUGCUGGUGGUGCUCCCGCUGCCUCGGGUGCUCCCGCCGCCGCCCCCUCGGGUGCUUCCUACUAAGUCCAUGCGUAAGCCUUGGGCUUCGAUCGACAGUCGACACCUUCGAAUCAUCUGACGCUGAUGCAAUAAUUCCAUCAAGGACAUCGACAAUGCCAUCGUGAUGGCGUGGAUAGAACAAUAACUGUGGAUCAAGGUGUGAUGGAUUGGACGUUUGUGUACAUUAAUCACUCAAUAACCAGUCAUUCGUUUGACCAGAUCUGGUAAAAGACAGAA